AUUAGGUUCACACUUAGUGCAUGUGAUACCAACUUACCAGUAGGUCAUCAGAAUCAACAGUCAUUAUACUUAUUGAAUUAUUUAAUAAAAUAUUAGUGUGUACUCGUAUAUUAUGAGUAUUGUAAUUAAAUAGCAUAAUUAUAUUUCAUUUUUAAACUAUAAUACAUAUUUUUUAAAUUAACAAUAGCUAUUUAAUACCAUAAACCGUUCCAGUAUGGGAUCUGUUGUUACACCUACAAAUGAAAACCUAACAUUUCCCAAAUCGGUGUGGUUUAUAAUAUGCAACGAACUGUGUGAAAGGUUUAACUACUUUAGCCUAAGAACUAUAUUAGUGCUAUAUCUUACUACAACGUUAAGAUAUAGCCAUGACGAUUCCACAAUGAUGUAUCAUGGUUUUAUAUUCCUAUCAUACCUAAUGCCAUUGUUUGGUGCCGUUCUGUCCGAUUCGUACUGGGGCAAAUACAAGACAGUGUUGCGCCUAUCAGUUGUUUAUGCUGUUGGAAACGUAGUGUUGACCGGCGCAUCUAUGGCAGACACGUUUAGUCUCGAUAAACAAAGACUAAUUGCAAUAUUAGGACUGAUUCUAAUAUCUAUCGGAACCGGUGGUAUAAAACCUUGCGUGGCAACGUUAGGCGGUGAUCAGUUCAAAUUGCCCCAACAACAAGACGAUCUCAAGUAUUUUUUCAGUAAAUUUUUGGUUGCCAUUUACAUCGGUGCGUUUAUUUCCACUUUCUUGGCGCCGGAACUGAGAAAAAGUGUACACUGUUUUGGCAAAGACUCGUGUUUUCCACUGGCUUUCGGUGUACCAGCAGUUCUCAUGUUUACAGCUAUAGUGAUAUUUACCCUCGGCAGAAACAUGUAUGUAAAAAAAGUGCCUGAACACAAUGUCAUAUUUAAAACGUUGUCGUGCAUUUUCUAUGCGCUGCGACAAAAAAUAUCUUCGCCAACUCCUGUCAAACAGCAUUGGAUAAAAUAUGCCAAAAGCAAGUAUAGCGAGAGGGAAGUGUCGGACACGAAGGCCGCUUUGGAUAUUUUAUUGAUAUUCACUGCUUAUCCAAUAUUUUGGGCUUUAUACGAACAACAAGGUUCGCGGUGGACUUUACAAGCGACACUGAUGGACGGUAGAAUAGACGGUCUCGAUUGGUCCAUCAAACCCGACCAGAUGCAAUUCGUCCAUCCGAUGUUCGGGAUGUUUUUCCUAUUGACUUUCAACUACACGUUAUAUCCAAUUUUGGCCAAAGUUGGUAUUACAACACCAAUACACCGAAUCAUCUUCAGCUAUUCGUUGGCAGUCGUGGCAUUCGUGUUCUCUGCGAUUUUACAAUCUCUUAUAUUUGGAGAGAGCACGGUGAUACCAACCGGCGAAGGGCGGAUUUUGUUCUACAACGGAUUCGACUGCAACGUAGCCCUUUAUUCUCCUGGAGCGCCACACGACAGUACUUUAAAAGCACUCGACAUGCUCGACAUCAAAUACUCACCGACGUCCAGUAAAAUUGUAGAAAAUUUCACAUUGAAUUUCGAUCCUUUGUGUAACACGUUCGGACGUAACAAUCAAUUCGAAGCUAACGUCACAGUUGUCAGAGGCAAAUCUGUAUCUUAUUUUCUAACAAGAACUGUUACCGGCGAUGUAGUCUUGAACCGCAUCAAUCGACACGACGGUGACCUAUCCAAGUCAAAACACGGCGAUUCUAAGCUUAGAGUUUUAACCAGUAAAAAUAUUUUUGAAAACGAAACGUUUGAAUUAAUCAGCAAGAAUGGCAACUCAAGGAUUCCUUAUAAUAUUAAUUCGUAUACCGGAGGAUAUUUUAAGGAUGUGCAUUUUGGAGACUAUGAGUUAGUUCAUGAUGGUAAAAUCGUAUGCAACAACUUAAGUUUUACACCGACUACUUUCUAUACUCUAGUUUUAGUUCAGAGAAACGAUGGUAAAAUGGAUGUAAAAUUGUUUUCAAUGGACGAAGGAAGUUAUAUUCACAUCUUAUGGCAGUCGCCGCAGUAUUUAGUUAUGAUUAUGGCCGAUGUAAUUUUUGGCGCUACGACUAUUGAAUUAUCUUUUACCGAAGCUCCGCCGAGAAUCAAAUCGUUCAUAUCGGCUUCCUAUUCGUUAACUCAAUCAGUCGGUAAUUUAUUGGUAGUAAUAAUAUCUGCAAUAUCGUUCAAAAGUCAAGUUCAUGAAUAUCUACUGUAUUCCGGGCUGAUGUUUAUAGACACGAUUUUAUUGAUUUACUUAAAUGCUAACUACAAGUACAAGAAUUUUCACGAUGACGAAAUAACUGAGAAUCACUUUGAUAUGGAACAAGACGAAAAACCAUAAUAUAUUUAUAAGAUAAAAACUUGACUUUUAAAAUUUUGUUCUCUAAUUAUAUGUAACUAAAUGGAGAUCAAUAUUUUAUUGUCUAAACAUUAAUAAUAAAACACUAAAUAAUAUUUCGUUAUAAAUGAGAUAUUACUAGGUAUAUCUCUAAACCUAUACCUACUUAGAUACUUUUUAUUAUAUUAAAUAAAUAAGUUUUGUAAAUAUUUAGUUUAUAUAUCUACUGAUUAUAAGUACAUAUUUAAACAAGCAAUUCUUUAAAAAUUACAACAUAAUUAAUAAUAUGCUAAUAAUAAUAAUAAUAAUGUAUAAUAGUUUAAGAAGGAAUAAUUUUUAUUUAUUAUAUAUAUAUAUGAUUCUGGUACACUUGAUUGACAAGUAAAAUUCCCGACAAGCCAUUGAUGUUUUUGGUAUUAUUUGACCUCAUCCUAUAACCGUUUUUAUCUAAAUUUGGAAUAAAAUGUGCUCGGCAAAAACUUUUUCUGAAAUUCUUGCGGUCAAAUCGUUUGCCAUUGCCGCUGUGCAAAAUAUUCGUAAGCCCCGUUAAGCUUGGAACGUUUUGUUGGCUUUAAUUAUAAUCCACGUGUAUUUUCCUGGUGAAUACACUGUCGCACCCAGUGGCGAAGGUCACAUUAACAUUUACAAUGGUUUUGAUUGCAACGUGUUGUUGGAUUUGCCAUUUCAAACGUCGGCAAUAUCGGCCCUCUGAUAUGAUUAAUAUUAAAUACUCCCCAGUAGAAAACGUGACACAGUUAAGGGUAAAUAAAAUAAUGUGUUCUACAUUUUUCGUUACUGCAAUCGAUAAAAUAAUAACAAUUCAGAGUGACAAUGUCUACCUUUUCAUAAUUAAUUAUGUUUGUUGUAGAAUCUAUUGUAAAAAAAAAAAAAAGUUCAGGCAUAACAACUAAGUAUACAAUACAUAUGUAUGAGGGAGCACAGCACUACAUCUCUUGCAGGUGCGUAAUUUAAUAAUUCUUGUUGGCGAAAAGAACAAACCACAUAAAGGACGUUUGCCGUAAUAUAAUACCAGAUUGUGUUGUAUAAAAAUAUUUAAAAAAAUUCAAUAGACAAGUAUGAACGGCCCGACCGGAUUGGAAAAGGCAAAUCGGCGGAUUGCUAUUUCUGAACCGUUGACGAAACUUGCCAGGACAGCUUUGAUUUUUCCGGUGCGGUUUGGCGGAUCGACGGCCACCGGCGGCGAACAGUUCAGUCCAAGGCUCUAUGCGUUCAACGUGUGCGCGAUAAUCGCGUUGGCAAUUUGCGGCUACGGGUCGAUGCUGGGUGAAGUGAAUGCGUAUCGAAAAGGUCAAUCCCUUCGUUUCAAUAACUUCCCCGUUGUGGUGAUCGCGUGCGUCUGUUACACCAUGAUUGUAUUGUCUUGCAUCAUAGCUGUUGUCGGGUCAGCAUCCCUGUACGCCGCGUGGUUGGACAUCGAGCGUCUGCUGAACCGCGUGGACGAGGCGCUUGACAGCCGCGGCUGCCCGGUGGCCGACAAACGCGUCGAGCGGUGUGCGAUCUGGCUGAUUUGCCUUCAUAUGGUGGUGUUCGCAGUCGACUACUACACAUGGCUAAAGAUCAAUCCGACCAACAAGAGCUACUGUGUAGUCUUCAUCUUUGAUCACGUCAACCUUGUGUCGGUGACCGUGUACGCGCAGUUGGCUUGGUGCAUAGGUCGUCGGUUCGACGUCAUCAACCGCGAGAUCGAGAUCAAGCUCGAACGGUUGACGUCGAACAACCUCGUCGUAUUCCCAAGCCGACGAUACCAACAAUUAUCCUAUCUGCUCCAUUGCUCCAACAAUCUCACUAAAGACGUGAAAUAUAUUCCUAUAAAAACAUUUCAAGAAAUUUAUUGGAGUCUCUGCUACAGUGUCAACAUUUUAAACGACCAUUACGGAUGGCAACUAUUGUUGAUUUUAUUGACAAAAAUGAUAAAUCUUAUAAUCCUUCCGCAUAUCCUACUGACGGGUGUUUUAAAUAUGUUGUUGCAUGGCUCACAAAACGGAUUCGCAAUUGCUCUUAUUGGUUGGGUUAUUUGUCACCUAUCAUGUUUAUUUUUAAUGGUGCUGCCCUCAUCGUACGCUGCCUCAAGAGCCGAAAAAACAGCUGUCAUAGUAUGUAAACAUCUAAACGGUUAUUUUGUGUCGGACGACAUGAAACAGUUAGAACUAUUUGUACUACUAUUGCACAAGUAUAAGGUAAAAUUUUCAAUUUGUGGAAUCGUGGAUUUACAAAUAUCUACAAUAAGAAAAGUGAUUGCGACUAUCAUUUCAUAUUUGCUGAUUUUCAUUCAAUUACAAAACAAGUGAACGGAGUAUUUAAACUACAUAAUAACCUAAUAUGCAAAACAUUUUACAUAUCUAGUAUUGGUUCAAUUAAAUACUCAAGUCAACAAUAUAUUUUAAAUUAUUCAAUUACAUUUUGUAUAUUCAAGACGUCAUUAUGCUCUAAUUUGAUAUUGUUAAUUGUUGUUUGUAUUAAAAGAAAUAUAAAGUGUGUGUUAGAAAAGCCGUUUUGAA